UCAAUCUGACUAGAGCAAGAUGCCUGAGACAGUGAAAGCACCCAAGAAGGGCUCUAAGAAAGCCGUGUCCAAGGCCACCAAGACCGGCAAGAAGAGAAGGAGGACCAGGAAAGAGAGCUACGCCAUCUACGUGUACAAGGUCCUGAAGCAGGUCCACCCCGACACCGGGAUCUCCUCCAAGGCUAUGGGCAUCAUGAACUCCUUCGUGAGUGAUAUCUUUGAGCGCAUCGCCGGUGAGGCCUCCCGUCUGGCUCACUACAACAAGCGCUCCACCAUCACCUCCAGGGAGAUCCAGACCGCCGUCCGCCUGCUGCUGCCCGGUGAGCUGGCCAAGCACGCCGUGUCUGAGGGCACCAAGGCUGUGACCAAGUACACCAGCUCCAAGUAAACACCUCUGCUGAAUCAACCUGUAAACCAAAGGCUCUUUUAAGAGCCACUCACUCAAACUAAGAGGUUCCUCUGUCUAGACAUCAGAAUGAAAAGGUUCUGAAUAUCAAUAAGAGUACACAAACACAUUUGGGUUAUAUUAUUAGUCUCUUUAUGAUGCAUAGCCUUUUCAUGGCGGCAGUUAAAGAGGUAAUCUCACAAUCUGCAAACAUUAUAUCCAUGUUUCAGAAAUACACUUAACAUAAACGGCAUCAGUUUCUAGGAAUUGACUCGUCCUAUUUGUGAAGUCGGACACGUACAAGAGUUCAUCGUUCAUUUAUGUAACCAUAUCAGUGAUAAAUCACAGUUUAAAUCCGGGCAGUCUGUGCAACACCUGAGGUUUGGGAAUAACCAUGGGUACAGAUAAUACCUCAAGUUAAAUCACUUCAAAUAAACGUAAUAACCAAACUGUCUGAAUCUAUAUUCUCCAUGUUGUGUUACUGUUACCAAAGCUGCUUUGGCUUGAUAAAAAAAGCUCCUCAGAUAAGACAUGUCAACUGAAUGCUUAAAUUAAAACACAGUAAAUGCU